AUGAAGCCGAUCAAUAAAAUAAACCCUAGCCACAAUAUAGCAAUAGCGAUGAAGCGAGAUUGGGCAAACUUAGAUUCACUUGCUCUGAAUUUGAUUCUUGAGAAGUCAAUAGAACCAAUCUAUCACAUUUGGUUUGGUUUUGUCUGCAAAAAUUGGCAUUCUAUUUCAAAGCUUAAUCAUCACUACAACAUCCAAUUUAGAAGUAAUAUGUUGCCUAUGCUGAUGAUCCCUUCAGAGAAGAGUGCAGAGAAGCGAAAAUUGUAUAGUGUUGUAGCAAAUAGAGUGUAUCCCUUUGAGUUGACAAUGCUUAACAAAAAGAGAUGUUGUGGCUCAAGCUAUGGAUGGCUUGCAACAGUGGAUGCAGAUAAUAUCAUAACAUGGGUGAAUCCCUUUAAAGAUGUAGCUCCUAUUAUUUUACCAUUGAUUGAUAUUUAUAUGAAAUAUAAAGACUGCGAAUUUAACAUUCAUAAGGUUACUUUGUCUGUGGACCCUAUUACAAGUCCAGAUGAUUAUGUUGUUGCAGCAAUUUAUACUAAUCGUGGUGUUUUAGCUUUUAUCAAAGCUGGGCAAGAGGUUUGGACAUACAUACAAGAAAACGACCAUUUUGGUUUCAUUGAUAUUACAUUCUACAAGGGUUUGGUUUACGCGGUAGAUCGUUCGAAAAAAAUUGUCUCUUUUGAACUUUGUUAUUCAAGUGAUCCUCAUGACAUUUUUGGUAGGGAAAGAAGAAAUCCAAAUGUUGUUUUAGAAAGAAGUGAAGAUGGAAUUUAUUCUCCUCUAACUUAUCUAGUGAAAUCUUUGGAGGGAGAGUUGUGGAUGGUAAGAAGGUUUAUAACUAGAGAGGAAGACAAUAUAAACAAAGGUACUAAAAAUUUCCAUGUAUUUAAAUUGGAAUUAGACCGCAAAGGUGAGAAGCUUAUUCAUUUGUUGAAACUUGAGAGUUUGGGAGACAAUGUUUUAUUUGUGGGUGACGGUGAUUCAACAUCUAUAUCGGCUUCAUAUUUUUCAAAUUCUCUACAAAAAGAUUCAAUAUAUUAUUCUGAUAAUUAUUUUAACGAUGAGCCUGAUCCUUAUCCUAAAGGUCCUUUUGAUUUAGGAAUCUAUAAUGUUAAACAUGAAAGUUUCGGUCUUCAUUGUCAUUAUAAAUCUUACUUCAAGAGUAUGGCACCUCCUAUAUGGAUUGCGCCAUGUUUUAAGUAG